GUUGCACACGACUGCGAGCAAAAUUCAAGGGCAUGUGCCGAACUUCACAGACCUGUCGCAACCUAACAGAAGCAGUAUCCGUGCAGGCAGAGACAGGGAGAGGAGAACAGCCAUGCUCCUUGCUGGAUGGAUAGUGGGACAUCUCUGUUGGAUGGCUCUGCAGUGGGAAAGCGCAUUUGGGAAAGUGCUGGAGGAAACCUACAGAAAAUGGCUUCAGUAUCAAGACGACUGCUUGAGACAGAUCCAGCAAGACCCACAACCAGCUGGCAUCUACUGUAACAGAUCCUUUGAUUUGUAUGCUUGCUGGCCUGAUGGAGUGCCUGGAAUGUUGGUAAAUGUUUCCUGUCCCUCCUACCUGCCCUGGGCACAGACUGUUCAGCAUGGUGUGGUGCGUAGGCGCUGUGGUCUGGAUGGGCAGUGGGUGAGAGACUCAGAGGGUCAGCUGUGGAGAGACAUGUCCGAGUGUGAGGAGGAACAGAGCACAUACAUCCAGGAGCUGUGGUUAAAACAGGUCAUGUUGAGUUUCCGGAUCCUGUACACAGUGGGUUACACCCUCAGCCUCCUCUCUCUUCUCUCAGCUCUGAUCAUUCUACUCAGUAUCAGGAAGCUGCAUUGCAUGCGCAACUACAUCCACGCCAACCUGUUUGUGUCAUUCAUCCUGCGGGCGGUGGCCGUGCUGCUGAAGGACUCCCUCAUGGACCAGCACUGGAGUCGGCAGAUCAACACACAGGCCGACUUACGAGACAUGCUGAGUCACAGGGCUGCUAUUGGCUGUCGUAUAGCACAGGUUCUGAUGCAAUACUUUGUGCUGGCCAAUCACUACUGGUUCUUUGGAGAGGCAUUUUACCUACAUUCAGUCCUAAUCACCUCAGUCUUUACGGAAAACAACAAGUACCUGCCAUACGUUCUUCUUGGGUGGGGUACUCCCUUGAUGUUUGUCAUUCCAUGGAUGCUAAUGAAACUGCUGAAGGAGAAUAAAGAGUGUUGGGCGAUCAAUGAGAAUAUGAACUACUGGUGGAUCAUAAGAGUUCCUGUCCUGUUUGCUUCUCUGGUGAACUUCCUGAUAUUCAUGAAGAUCCUGAAAGUGAUUCUGUCGAAGUUACGAGCAGACAACCAACUUCGUUAUCCUGACUACAAACUCAGAUUGGCAAAGGCAACACUGACGCUCAUCCCGCUCUUCGGCGUCCAUGAGAUGGUCUUCAUAUUUGCCACGGAUGAGCAGACGAAGGGUGUGUUGCGCCUCAUCAAAGUCUUCGUCACCCUCUUCCUCAGCUCCUUCCAGGGAUUUCUGGUUGCUGUACUCUACUGUUACUCAAACAAAGAGGUAAAGGCAGAGCUUCAGAAGUGUCUGCAGGGAUGGCGUCGGAGACUGGAGGUGAUGUGCUGUGAGCAGUAAAAGUGUACGAGCACGGGGUGGGUGGGGCUUCUGCUUUUACUGAUGCAGCACAACCAGCCAACCAUCACGUGUCCCGUAGCCGUAGCUAUCAGUCAUGUCAUUUUUAAUGUAGUCCAAUUCUCUUGUAAGUUGCUGUCCUGCUUAUUGUGUUGACUGGUCUUUGUGGUCAGUGGUAUUGGGUUUUUUCAUGUAUUGGUUACUUGUUGUAAGUGGUGUAGGUCAACAUGGUGUGUAUGUGUUUGUUUGUGUGUGUGUGUGUGUGUGUGUGUGCGCGUGCGCUUAUAUGUAAAUUACACAUAUUUAACUGUGCUACAUUUUUAGCUAUUUUUAACAUGAAUUAUUUACUUGUGCCAUUCUUUAUCAUAGUAUAGGCCUGCAUCUAUGAUGUUGUAUUGUUGUACAAUGUCAUGGUGAAGAAAGAAGUUAGACUUCUGUUAAA